UUUUUGUUAUUUCAGUGGCAACAAAUGGAUAUUGAGUAUACUUUCUGGCAAAUGCUUCACUUGUGCACCUCACCAAAAGUUGUCUAUCAGCAUACUAAAUAUCACAAACAAACCAAGAAUCAAUGGGCACGUGGACCUGCUUUUGUUGUUGUGAUCUGCAGCCUUCUUUUGGCCGUUGCAAGUCUAGCAUAUUGUGCAGCGUAUGAUCAUAGUGCUGCACAUGCACUUUUUGUUGUAUUCUCAGUAUUGGUUUUUCACUUGGUGACUGGAGUAGCUCUGGCAACUUUUUGUUGGUUCCUGACUAAUUCCUAUCUUCGAGAAGAGGCUCCUAAUAGUUAUGUAGUUGAGCAGCGUGUUGAAUGGCUAUACGCAUUUGAUGUGCACUGCAACUCCUUCUUCCCUAUGUUUGUCUUGCUUUAUGUGAUCCAUUAUUUUCUAUCUCCUCUAUUGGUGGCUCAUGGUUUCAUCCCAGCAUUGCUGUCAAAUUUGCUGUUCAUGGUGGGCGCUUCAUACUAUCACUACCUCAAUUUCUUAGGUUAUGACGUUCUGCCCUUCUUGGAGAGGACAACUUUUUUUCUGUACCCGAUUGGUGUUGUCAUCAUCCUUUCUCCUAUUUUGAUUUUGGGUGGCUUCAAUCCUUCUAAAUAUUUCAUGAACAUCUUCUUCAGUCGACAAAUGUGAUCAGUCUGGCUAACACUUUUGAUCUGUCAUCGUUGAGGUUUUACAGCAUUCGGAAGACUGCAUCAACUUGAGAAGGCUUAUUGUUUGCUUGUAUCUUAGGGAUGGAAUGGCCAGUAAGGCCUUCUAGGUCUUCUACCACCACUGCUAGUGGAAGUUGAAUUGUAGUAAAGUCAGGAUAGGAGGUGCAAUUUUUUAAUAGUUAUAGGGAAUAUUUGUUCAAAUGAAACCACUUGAUGUAAAAAAAAAAGAAAAAUCUGAUCUUCUCCAUGUCAUUUUGGUGUCUUUCUCCCAAAAAUGAAUUUUUGUUUUAAA